AGAUGAGUAUCCGGAAGUAAUCAAGUUGUUCUAUCAGCUUAUUUAUAUUGUUUUGUUAGGUCAUGUAUUUUAUUUAUUCUUAGAAAAUGCUAAAUUUUGUUUUUCUUUGGAGAUUUUAAGGACUACGGCUGAUGUUUGAGGUCAAUAAUAUUAAGUAGAGGAGUAUAGAGAAAACAGGUGAUGAGAGGGAGGCUGGAGGUGGUAGCUGCGACGUCAAUAUAUCUCUCUUAUUUCUGCUUAUUUCUGCUGCUGGUGGACUCACUAUGGCAGACACCGACAUCCUCACUACACUCAAGAUCCUCAUCAUCGGCGAGAGUGGUGUAGGCAAGUCCAGCUUGCUACUUCGUUUCACAGAUGACACCUUCGACCCAGAGCAAAGUGCAACAAUAGGUGUUGACUUUAAGGUUAAGACAAUUUCAAUAGAUGGAAACACAACUAAAUUAGCAAUAUGGGAGAAAGUUGAAGUAAGUAGAGAGGAAGGUCUAAAAUUUGCUAGACGUCAUGCAAUGCUGUUUAUUGAAGCCUCAGCCAAAACCAAGGAUGGUGUACAAUGUGCCUUUGAGGAACUUGUCCAGAAGAUCAUCCAGACGCCCGGCUGUGGGAGAUGGAUCAAAGAUCUCAAGGCGCGUUCAGUGUAUCUAACCAACGGACCAAUGAAGAAGCUUACGGGUGGGUAUUGCUCUCUUCUCUAGAACCAAAUGGAGAUUGUGUCAGAAGAAUUCUGCAGAUCUAAUUAAAAAUCAUGGUUUGAAAAUGUUUUUCUUAAGAAACAGUUGGAGACCCCUAUCUUGGAAAAGUUCCUGAACAAUGAGAUAGAGCAUCAAAAUUUUGACAUCUUGAAUUACUCUUCUUUGAGUGAGUUUCUGUACUUUCACUGUAUGUAUGUAAGCAGUAUGAGUGAGCAGCAGUGGUCUGUUACGGUCAGUAUAGAGUGGAAGACCUACUUGAUACAAAUAAGUGAUUAUGGAAAAAAUUUUAGAUGGUUCUACUCUUUAUUUCAAACAUAAUGUAGUGAUUUAGGAGUGAAAAAAAAAAAGGAUAUGUAUUUGACUGGGCGGUUGAUCUUGUUACUCCAGUG